AUGGCUCCUCGCGCCAGUUCAUCUAGGUCUCAGAUGGGCGCCUUGCCGUCUGACUCAAGAGACUCACGACGUCCGGACACCCUUGAGGAAGACGAAGAAGUGGAAGGUGAUAUCACACAAGUCAGAGAAGGUGGACUCGACGGUGAUCUGCAAGAGCGCAUCUCUGCGCUUGUACGUCUUGCUAUCUUCAACGAACAGCGCAGAAUGCCACUGAAGCGUGAAGAGAUCUCAAAGAAAAUCAUGGGAUCUCAACGCGGUAUAUUCAAAACCGUCUUCGACGGCGCGCAAGAACGUCUUCGCGCCGUCUUUGGUCUGGAACUCGUCGAGUUACGAACACGCGCAGCUAAGCAAGAUGUUCCUCCUAGAGGUGGCAACUCCGGCAAACGCAAACGCGGCGCAGAUGCCCUUCCUCAGUCGCAGCCAUCCGGCUCGCAAACUUCCAAAUCGCGACCACAAGACAGUGUCGGCGCCGCGAAGAACCGUGGUGCUGCCGCAUCCGGCGCGAAAGCCUAUAUCCUGCGCUCAACGCUGCCCGCCGGCCUGAUAGAGCGCGCGACUCGCACCCAAUCAUCCGUGCUUGAUGCUGAGAUGGUCGAUGCGCCAGAUAUCUUCGACGAGGGCAGGGUCAGCGCCCGGCCGUAUGGCAGUGUUCUUGCAUGGAACACGGGCGAUCAUCUUGCUGCUCUCGGCAUCGUGCAUGUUAUUUUAGCACUCAUUCUUGUCAAUGGCAAGGUUAUCAGGGAUGGUGCCCUUCGCGACGCCCUCAGGCGCUUGCGCUUGUGUGCAGGCGAUGUCGUCGAUUUUCCAGCAACCGCACCGCACCGCGCGACACCCCUAGAUGUGUUUCUGACCGAUCUCAUUCGUCGGCAAUACCUCGAUCGUUCUCUUAUAGGCGGUACAGUAGGCAAACACGGACCCAACACCGCAUCACAGGCGCAGAACGACCGCGGAGGUGAGGCUUACGAGUGGCGCUGGGGCCCGCGCGCAUUUGCUGAAAUCGGCGAGCUGGGUAUCGCCCGCUUUGUAGCGGAGUUCAUGGCUGAGCGGCGCAUGGCUCCUAGUGCGGAGAGUAGUGACGACGACGAAGGAGAGGCUAGCACGCGCCGUCGCAAGACACAGCCUGAGAACGAGAACAAGAAGUUAGAAGUCUAUAUGCACGGCAUCGAGCGCGCUGCUGGAAGCCCACUGUCCGAUGUUCUCUCGGUGUGA